AUGGAUAGUCAGAACGUGGCUACCAACCUUGAAGACCUUCAGUCGUCUGGCUCAAAACGGCCAGAACAAGCCGACAGAAAUUCCACAGAGUCUAAUGCUGCCUCGCGACCGCUUGCGCCUCCUCCUCGACCCUCCCAACCCCAGUCGCAGAGCAAGCAGGUAGACUAUUUCUCCGGCGCACAGCAAGAAGGCGCACAUUUUUCGCAAGAGCCUAAUCCGUUUGAAAAGUCGUUCGGGCAACCAUCAUCUGAAGCAUCGGACAGCAAGUCGCUCUUGCCUCCUGUCGCUGCAUUGACAUCGCCCGCACCGCUUCAACCAGAGGGAUCAUCUACAAGUGGCUAUAAUUUCGCCUCAUCAUUAAGGGCAGGGCCUUUGAGUCCUGCUAUGCUGGGAGGUCCCGUUGGAUCGGGUACGGAUUAUUUCGGCCCGCAAGCUGGAACUGCUUUCCCUGGUGUGACACCAAACGAAUCAUCCUUACGGACGGGCCUGACCCCAGGUGGGGGAGGGUCUAUGUUUCCAGCUCCUAGCCCAAAUUCACAAGCAUUCAUCCAAUCACUGGCAGGUGGUGGCGCAACUCCCAGCACCAUUGACUUUCACCGAACUGCCAUUAACGCUGCUGCCGCGAACAAAAAUAAGCAGUACGGUGGCAACUCAUCAGCUCCUCAAGAGAGUAAGAAUAUACCAGCCUCAUCAAUGGAUCCUCUAUUACAGCAGCAACCGGCCCCACAAUCGACUUUCGGUCAACACGAUAACGAUGCUGCCAAUGGAUUAUAUCUUCUCGCACAAGCCACCAAUGGUCAACAAGCAAGCCAAUAUUCAUCCCUCAACAAUAACACGGCUAACCAUCAGAGGCAAAAUAUAGAAACGUCACCCAAUAUGCGCAAUGCACGGAACGGAAGCUUGAACGGCUCCACUCAUGGCAGUGGAGAUUUGUCUGAUGAAGGUUCUGAGGGUCGCAUGGCUACAAGAUCAAAAGGCAAAAGGUCCUCUGGCGGGAAGAAUAUUAGUACGAGUAACGGCAGACGUAAGGCAGAAGACAAUCCCUUGAAGCAGCCGCCCUCUAAGAAGCAGCGCAACUUGGACAUCAUGGAUGACAUGCAGGAUAUGGACUCUGAUGAUGACGACAUGGAUAUCAAAGAAGAGCCUCAAGACACACGCAAGAUGACCGACGAAGAGAAGAGGAAAAACUUUCUGGAGAGGAAUCGCGUUGCUGCUCUCAAAUGUCGCCAGCGGAAGAAACAAUGGUUGCAAAAUUUACAAAAUAAGGUGGAGAUGUUUAGUACCGAGAACGACUCUCUCACAGCGCAGGUUCAUGCAUUGAGAGAGGAGAUUGUUGGCUUGAAAACGCUCCUCAUCCAACAUAAAGACUGCCCGAUUUCACAGAGCCAAGGAAUUACCCAGUACUUUCAACAACAGCAAGAAUUCAACCCACACGCACACCCAUAUGGCAUGGGUUUGCCAAAUGGUCACCAGAAUGUGCCGGGGCGUGGUCGAUAA